GGACUAAUGCAUCCGCCGCUCUCAGGGCAUCGCUGGCGCUGCAGAAGGAGCUCGGCGUCUCCCGAGAAAUCACUGACGGAUCUGCAAAGCAAGAAAUGGGAAAGAAACUUGGGGGAUUUGGAACCUUGAGAUAAGAAGAGUGUCAGGUUCUCUUAAGUAAAGUUUUGUUUUGUCGGGAGUCCAGUUGCCAAGAAAGCAGUCUUCCUCAUUUCCUUUUAUGCCCCUCCUCCUACCAACUUCUCCUCCUUCAUAUUCACUGGAAAAUAAAUCUUCAGCAGUUUUACAGACAUUGCUGCAAGUUCCAGCUCGGCACAACGCUCACAGCAAAUAAAUAAAGCACCGAUGGCCUGGGCUGCAGGGAGUUACAGAUGGUUCGAGUAAUGACAAACACAUGGGCCGCUUUACUUUGACCAAGGCAUUUGUAGUUAGACACUGAAGUGUCUUUCUUCCCUUCCCGAUGGUAUUAAACACGCUUGGAGAGCAAGUGGACUGAUAUGGGAGACAGAUUCUGAAGUCACUAAUUCAAGUAGAGCUAGUAACUAAAUCUGGGCAAAGUCAGCAAGUAACACCCUCCGGUGAUGCCAGGAAUAAUUUAUGGCAAAAUCAAGGUUGUUUAACAAACACUGUAAAGUUGCUUUUCUUUUGGACAUAAUGGAAUCUGGUGACCUUUAUUUUCACUCGGUGUUUGCUGCUUUUCAAAACCCUGGUUUGCUCUGACCUGUUUAAUUAGCAGCAUUAAAGUACUCAGUGGCCUGUUCUUGAUCAGCAGUCAUCCUUUGAGGUUUGCCUUGCCUGCAUGAAACCUUUGGGCACCCAAUUCACUGGAAAUUGCUGCCUUCAACUUCAAGCAAAUAGGCUGUAGGCUAAUGCCAAUAAAAUAGCACUGGCGCCACGCCAUAAAAAGCCUUUGGCUUCAAAAAGGGGCCUCACUGUGAAUGGGCUGGAGCUGCACUUCACAGUAGAGAUAAACCACAACCAGGGACCAGUUGUCUGUACUGGAGCAUUGUUGAAUCAUCUCAAUUCUAGCCGGCUCAAAGCUCAACUGCUGAGGACAAACCCCAAAUCUCCAUUGGACCUGCUUAGUUUAUUUUUACUAACUUGGAAGAAACCAAAUUCUAAGCAGAAUUGGAACCAUUGGAGAGCAUCUGACUACAAUCUCCACAUGGCUACUUUGAAACUAGCUGGAUUGGAAUAAACUUUGGAAGAGUGCACCAUAAUUCUUGAAGUAAUGCCUCGCCGAAGCCUACUAAUCAAAGUUUGGACAAGGCGCCUGAUUCUCGGCCUCACUCUGUUUUUCAGUCUCAUCUCCCUACUGUACUUGUUGGAAUGCACCCCUCGGCCAGACAAUGAUCCCCUGCUCCUCGGCGUUCCAGGCAAGCAGUAUGGUAAAGAGUACUAUCAAGCUCUCCUUCAGGAGCAGGAAGAGCACUACUUAACUCGUGCAGCAAGCCUCAAGCGGCAGAUCACCCAGCUGAAGCAGGAGCUGCAGGAAAUGAGCGAGAAGCUGAAAAAUGUCCAAGAGAAAAAGGGGCCAUCUCAAACCUUGGGUGGAGCACCGAGCAGCAAGGAGAACUUGCCCAAUGAUCUGCUGGAGUUCCUGCACUCCCAGAUUGAUAAAGCUGAGGUUAGCAUCGGCGCCCGGGUGCCCAGUGAGUAUGCCGUGGUGCCCUUUGAAAGCUUUACUUUGAAUAAAGUUUACCAGUUGGAGAUGGGCCUGACGCGGCACCCUGAGGAGAAAGUGGUGAGGAAGGAUCGAAGGGAUGACUUUGCUGAAGCCAUUGAGGCUGGCUUGGAGGUGCUGAAUAACCCAGAGGAAGAAGAUGCUAAUGCCGAGGUCAAUGAUGACGAUGAAGAAGAUGAUAAUCGAAUGCAGAAGCAUACCUACACUGAGAAUGACUUUGUGGAAGGCUACUAUCGAACAGAAAGGGACAAGGGCACCUUAUAUGAAUUAUUCUACAAAAAGGAAUUUCUAGAUGAAUUUCAACAUGUCACACUCUUCCGGCCAUUUGGUCCACUUAUGAAGGUGAAAAGUGAAGUGAUCGACAUCUCGCAUCAGAUCAUCAAUAUAAUCGUGCCACUAUCUGGCCGCACCGAGGCUUUCUCCCAAUUCAUGCAGAACUUCAGGGAGGUAUGCAUUCAGCAGGCCAGACACGUUUACCUUACAGUUGUCUACUUUGGCCAGGAAGGAUUAGAAGAAGUGAGGAAGAUCCUGGAUCUAACGGCCAGUGAAACUAAUUUCCACAACUACACGCUGGUUUCAUUGGCUGACGAGUUUUCACGUGGCCGAGGUCUGGAUAUUGGAGCCCGGACCUGGGACAAAGGCGAAGUGCUGAUGUUUUUCUGCGAUGUGGAUAUUUAUAUCUCCCCCGAGUUUCUGAAUAGCUGCAGGGUAAAUACAGAGCUUGGCAAGAAGGUUUUCUAUCCGGUCGUGUUCAGCCUGUACAACCCCGCCAUUGUCUAUGCCAGCAUGGAUGGUUCCCCCACUAUUCAGCAACAACUGGUGCAUAAGAAAGAUUCUGGUUUCUGGAGAGAUUUUGGAUUUGGAAUGACUUGUCAAUAUCGCUCAGAUUUCCUCACAAUUGGUGGCUUUGACCUAGAUGUGAAAGGCUGGGGAGGGGAGGACGUCCACCUGUACAGGAGGUAUCUCCACAGUGAUUUGAUUGUGGUGAGGACACCGGUUUCCAGCCUCUUCCACCUGUGGCACGAGAAGCACUGCGUCGAUGAGCUGACGCCAGAGCAGUAUCGGAUGUGUAUUCAGUCGAAGGCCAAGAACGAGGCUUCGCAGGCUCACCUGGGAAUGCUAGUGUUCCGCGAGGAGAUCGAAGCACAUCUCCGCAAGCAAGCCUACAGAACGGACAGUGACAUUCCUGACUGACCCUGAUCGCCACCAAUCUGUGGUCUUUGGACCAGGACCAAACAUGUUUCAUAAUGGGGCAGCAGAUGACAAAAUAACACACAAACAUAGUGCAGUGCUUGAUAAAUGGCACCAAUUGAGCUGAUAAUUUAAAAAAAAAAAUAAUUGGGCUCGUUGUCAAUAUAUUGGGUCUGUAUCAGAUACCCAGGAGUUUCUGCAGGUUGGUUAAACAAUUAAGUCACUUCCAAUGUGCACCCUCGACUUAGACAUUUUUCAAGUAGACUGUCUCUUUGCAGCAUGCGAGUAUUGGAGUCCCAGAGCAAUACGCUGCACAUGGUCCAGGAAAGGCAAUGCUUUAGUUGAAUUAACAGGAUAAUGGAGAGCUAUGGAACUAUGCGGGACCACAACUGUACAACCUCCAUCCUUCAUAAGCUGCCUCUUUGUUUCUAGUCACCUGCCAAUUCAAUAGAAGGUCCGGUUAAAGAUCAGUCAGGACCUGGGAACCAUUGACGAGUUUAACUACGUACCAGUGUGUCUCAUUUUAAUUGAUUCUGGGUCUGAAGACCUGCAUUGAAACCCAACCAAAAUGCACCGCCAGCUGCGACUGAACGCUUGCUGCAUUGUCAAGAGCCACAUCCAUUGGAUGGGAUGUUCAACUGAGAAUCCGUCACAUUCAGGCAGAUGUUAGAAGAUCCAUGGAUCAGUUGAGCAGAGGCAUUGUCCCAUUUCUCUGUCCAAUGUCUCACCCUCAACCAAUACCACCAACAAAUCAAUCAAGACAUCUCCAAACAUUGGGACCAAAAAACGGCAAACCAUGCAGAGACAUUGGUACAAUCUUGGUAGAGGGAGAAUACAAAGAAACCUGAAUUAAACUGUGAAUAAAAGCGGAAAUCUUAUGUUUUCUUUGUAGACGCCUUCGAAAUAUUGAAUGUGAAGCACUUUGAGAUGUUUUUUUAGAUGCAAGGCAUUAUUUGGUGAAUGAUAUUAUCUUGCAUAUUUUCUGCCAUUCCACUAAAGGUUUGGGAUUGUACACCCCAAGACGUGUUGGGUCUGUGUGGCUGUGUCAAGAGAAGUACAGUAAACAAUGUGAAGGAAUCCAGGGUUAAUUAGUCAAAGACAAGUCCUUUGUAGAACACCUCAUAAGCAAUUUGAGCUGAAUAGUAUUGGAAUAUUAAUCCAUUUGUCCAUUUAGGUGGUGAGAGUGUUUGAGGUUAGUGUCUGUUUAAAUGUGGGAAGGUGCAGCAGAAUUCUGUCAGUGGAGAUGAACGCAUCUUGCAUUAUUUUAGUUUUAUUUCACAUUUUUUUGGCAUCCAUUCCAAACCAUCAGGAAAGCCGUUGACAGUGUUACUGGGAGUAUACUCAAACACACAUGCUAAUUCUUCAACAGGAAAUUUGCCAAAAUGAAGCUGAAAGCUGCCGACAAAUUUGUCUUUAGAACAGGGUUCACAUCAUAAGGCUUCCGUCCACUUCACACACCUUGUCCAGUUUCUCUCUUAUUUUCAAUCCGUCUCUCCCUGAUGAAAUCAAAUAUCAGAGAAGAUGGAAAUCUGAAUAAAGGCAGGGAAUUUGUAAGAGCUCAGUGAAGGAUGAACUAAUGUUUCAGUUCAAUAAAAUGUAAUUAUUUUUUGUACAGAUGUAACUUGUAAUGUUGAAUCCGACCAAUAAUUUUAAAUCUU